UCACACUGCUCUACACGUGUGGCUAAAGUUGUUUAUAUAUUCUAAUUCUUAAUUAAACUAACUAAAAUGGGUAAAAAAGACAAGAAUAAGAAGAAAGGCAAGGGUGCGGAGAAAACUGCAAUGAAAACGGAUAAGAAAAAUGCCGCCAAGCAGAAGAAAAUGCUGGAAAAACUCGGAGAGGCCAACAUUACGGAUAUCAUCCAUAUGCUGGAAGUUAAGGAAGGCCGGUUAGAUGGCAUUACCGAAGAGGUUUGCCCACCGCCCAGUUCUCGGUCCAACUUCACAUUGGUGGCGCAUCCCGAAAAGGAAGAACUAAUCAUGUUUGGAGGAGAACUUUAUAAUGGAGCCAACAUCAGUGUGUACAAUGACUUGUUUUUCUAUAACAUACGCGCCAACGAGUGGAAGGCACUGCGCUCACCUGGCGGACCGACCCCGCGAAGCGGUCACCAAAUGGUUUCUUUGGCCAGCAACGGUGGAGAAUUGUGGAUGUUUGGUGGGGAGCACGCGAGCCCAUCCCAGCUGCAGUUCCAUCACUAUAGAGAUCUGUGGAAAUUUAGUCUUAAAUCGCGCAAAUGGGAAAAACUGUCAGCACCCAAUGGACCAAGUGCCAGGAGUGGCCAUCGAAUGACGGCCUCGAAGAAACGUUUGUUUAUUUUUGGUGGCUUUCACGAUAACAACCAGUCGUACAAUUACUUCAACGAUGUGCACGUUUUCUCCCUUGAGACCUACCAGUGGCUAAAGGUGGAAAUAAGCGGUCCCAUCAUUCCGCACGUUAGAUCCGGUUGCUGCAUUGCUGCGGCUCCAGAUGGUAAAGUAUUCGUUUGGGGAGGCUAUUCGAGAGCAUCAAUGAAGAAGGACAUCGAUCGCGGAGUCAACCACUCGGAUAUGUUUGCCCUGACUCAAGAUAAAAACAGCGGGGAUGGCGAUAAUAAAUACAAAUGGAUCACCGUUAAAGCCGGAGGAUAUCGACCCAAGCCACGGAGUAGUGUUGGCUGCACUGUCGCUGCAAAUGGCAAAGCGUAUUGCUUUGGCGGCGUGAUGGAUGUCAAUGAGGAUGAUGAAGAUGUUCAUGGACAAUUUAGUGAUGACCUGUUGGCUUUUGACUUGACUGCCCAAACCUGGCGUUUGCUGGAAAUCUUGGAAAAGAGCAGUCCUGCUACCAAAAAGAAUGCAAAAGAUUCCAAUGAUAUCGAAAUGAGUGAAAACAAGGAUGCUCCGGCAGGACCUGUUACCACCACCGAUGGUAUAUUCACCGUCACAGUUGGAGGGCCCAGUACCAGUAGCACUACACCCUACACAUCUGCCAUACCCAGCCUCUUUGGUAACAAACAGCGUGCCACAUCGGUACCAUCGCCGCGGAUGAGUCCUGGACUUUGUGUGUGCAAGGGCACAUUGUACGUCUUUGGGGGACUAUUUGAAGAGGACGCCAAGCAGAUAACCUACAACGAUUUCUAUGCCCUAGACCUACACAAGUUAGAGUGGAAAGUUUUAAUCCCAAAUAAUUUAAAAGCACACGACUGGGUGGACAGCGACAGCAGCAGCUCCGAUGAGGAGACCAGUGGCAGUGAUGAGGAUGAUAGCUCCAACAGCUCUGACAUGGACACAGAUUAAGCAAUGGGUUUUCAAAACAUUAUAUUUUAACUUUUGCUUACAUAUUUACAAUGGAAUAUUGAUCAAUUUUUGAUUAAACUAUAACCAAACAGCAGA